ACGGACGACCUCCAGUUCGUAGAUGGAUCACCGCGGGCCGAUGUUGCCCGAUGGCCGCCGGCUGGCGGCCGCGCUCCUCCUCCUCCUGGCGGCCUGUCUCUCGUCUGCCCGGGCCGUCACCAGCGAGGAGGCAUCCUACAUCGCGCAACGCCAGCUGCUGGCCAUGAGCGAGGCCGGGGUGGGCGAGGACGGCGACCUCCCCGCGGACGUGGAGUCGAGGCCUUGCCUGGAGUUCGACGGCAAGGCCGCCACCGCCAACAUGACCUUCCCCAACGACCGCCUCCGCCGCGCCUACAUCGGCCUCCAGGCCUGGCGCAAGGCCUUCUACUCCGACCCCAAGAACUUCACCAGCGACUGGGUGGGCGCCGACGUGUGCUCCUACAACGGCGUGACCUGCGCGGAGGCGCCGGACGACGCCAAGGUCACCGUGGUCGCCGGGAUCGACCUCAACGGCGCCGACAUCGCCGGCUACCUCCCGCCGGAGCUGGGCCUGCUCACCGACCUCGCCUUCUUCCACAUCAACACCAACCGCUUCUGCGGCAUCAUCCCCAAGAGCAUGUCGCGCCUCACCAUCCUCUGGGAGUUCGACGUCAGCAACAACCGCUUCGUCGGGCCCUUCCCUUACGUCUGCCUCGAGAUGCCCACGCUCAAGUACCUCGACAUCCGCUUCAACGAGUUCGAGGGCGAGCUGCCGCCCGCGCUCUUCGACAAGCCCUACGACGCCAUCUUCGUCAACAGCAACCGCUUCGUCGGCCCCAUCCCGGAGACCAUCGGCAACUCCACCGCCUCCGUCGUCGUCUUCGCAAACAACAAGUUCGUCGGAUGCAUCCCCAAGAGCAUCGGCCGCAUGGCCAAGACGCUCGACGAGAUCAUCUUCCUCAACAACACGCUCGAGGGCUGCAUGCCGCUCGAGAUCGGCAUGCUCACCAACACCACCGUCGUCGACGUCAGCGGCAACGGCCUCGUCGGCUCGCUGCCCAAGGAGAUCUCCGGCUGCAGCAAGCUGGAGCAGCUCGACGUGUCCAGGAACGUCCUCACCGGCAUCGUGCACGAGGCCAUCUGCGAGCUCCCCAUGCUCGUCAACUUCAGCUACGCAUCCAACUUCUUCGAGUCCGAGUCCGCGCCCUGCAUGCCCUCCGACAAAUCCGAGGUCAACCUCGACGACGCCAACAACUGCCUCGGCGCGCUCCGCCCCGCGCAGAAGACCACGCUCCAGUGCGCGCCCGUCCUCGCGCGCCCCGUCGACUGCAACAAGCACGUCUGUGCCGGGCCGCACCCGACGACGACGCCCUCGCCGGACAGGAAGCAGGCAUCACCGCCGGCGCUAUCGCCGAUAAUUGGGCCAGUAAUGGAGAUCCCGACGCCGGCACCAGCACCAGCACCGGGACCCGCACCCGAGCCGGCUGUUUUGGGCCCCAUUGUUGGGCCACUUCCACCCAAGGAUGAGUAUGCUGGUGCUCCGCCACCUCCCAGUUCUGGCUGGCUCCCGUUGACCCCUGAGCGCAAGAGGGCACCUCCACCGGAAGAAUACGCGCCUCCGGAAGAAUACACGCCUCCGGUGAAGGCGCUUCCACCAUCGGGGCCGGUUAAGGGGCUUCCUCCACCAGCACCUGAGAAGGUUCUUACACCACCAACGCCGGUUAAGGUGCUUCCGCCACCCGCACCAGAGAAGGUGCUUCCACCACCGGCGCCCGCGAAGGUGCUUCCGCCACCCGCACCAAAGAAGGUGCCUCCACCACCGACGCCUGUGAAGGAGCAUCCGGCACCCGCCCCAGACAAGAUGCCUCCACCACCGGCGCCUGUGAAGGAGCAUCCGGCACCCGCACCAGACAAGGUGCCGCCACCACCGGCGCCUGUGAAGGAGCAUCCGGCACCCGCACCUGACAAGGUGCCUCCACCACCGGCGCCCGUGAAGGUGCUUACGCCACCCACAACCGAGAAGGUGCUUCCACCACCGACGCCCGCGAAGGUGCUUCCGCCGCCCGCGCCGGUGCACUCUCCUCCACCCCCUGUGAAAUCUCCUCCGCCGCCGGCUCCAGUGAGCUCUCCACCCCCUCCGGCGAAGUCUCCACCCCCACCAGCACCGGUCUACUCGCCACCACCACCGGUGAAGUCUCCUCCCCCACCCGCACCAGUGAGCUCUCCGCCACCUCCGGUCAAGUCUCCUCCCCCACCCGCGCCGGUCUACUCUCCACCACCCCCGGUGAAAUCUCCUCCCCCGCCUGCUCCAGUGAGCUCUCCACCACCUCCUGUGAAAUCUCCUCCACCACCUGCACCAGUGAGCUCUCCACCACCUGCACCGAAGAAGUCUCCGCCAACAGAAACACCGGUGAUCCCACCUAAAGAAAAGUCAAUGCCACCACCAACUCCGGCGAAGUUGUCUCCCCCUCCGACCGAGAAGUAUGAACCACCAGCAAAACCUGUUGAAUCAUCACCACCACCGGUGAAGUCAUAUCCGCCAAAAGAACCUACGCCUGAGAAGUCAUCACCACCACCGGUGAAGUCAUAUCCGCCAAAAGAACCUACGCCUGAGAAGUCAUCACCACCUCCGGUGAAGUCCACACCACCGCCAACACCAGUCAGCUCACCGCCACCGGUACCAGUGAAGCCCCCACCGGCUCAAGUGAGCUCACCACCACCAGCGCCAGUUAAGGUACUUCCACCACCCACACCUGAGAAGGCGCUUCCACCACCGGUGCUAGCAAAGCCUCCACCUGCUCCAGUGAGCUCACCACCACCAGCACCUGUGAAGGUACUUCCACCACCUGCACCAGAGAAGGUGCUUCCACCACCGGUGCCGGUGAAGCCUCCACCGGCUCCAGUGAGCUCACCACCACCAGCACCAGUUAAGGUACUUCCACCACCCGCACCAGAAAAGGUGCUUCCACCACCGGUUUCCGUGAAGCCUCCAUCGGCUCCAGUGAGCUCACCACCACCAGCGCCAGUUAAGGUGCUUCCACCACCCGCACCAGAGAAGGUGCUUCCACCACCUGUGCCGGUGAAGCCUCCACCAGUUCCAGUGAGCUCACCACCUCCCCCUGUGAAAUCUCCACCACCACCGGCUCCAGUUAGCUCGCCGCCACCUCCAGUCAAGUCUCCUCCUCCACCCGCACCGGUGAGCUCACCACCUCCUCCGGUGAAAUCACCACCACCCCCCGCCCCAGUUAGCUCACCGCCGCCUCCAGUCAAGUCUCCUCCACCACCGGCACCGGUCAGCUCACCGCCACCGGCACCAGUGUUAUUGCCUCCUCCAGCAAAAACCACCCCAGCACCAGCGAAAGAAGAGCCACAGUCACCUCUGGCGGAAUCACUUACACCCCCGAAGUUCGACGAGUUCAUCAUGCCGCCGGUCGUGUCGGCAAAAUACGCAUCACCACCACCACCCCAGUUCCAAGGAUAUUAAGCAUGGCAUCAUCGAAACAUCGACGAGGAGCGACCAAUUAAGGUUUAACACAACAUCGCGUGCACAUGCACAGAUGUACCUCAUUAAUUUGGAACGUGCAUGCAUGCAUGCAUGCGUCGAGACUUAUUAUUAAUUAUGUGUAUGUCUGUGCGUAUGUGCGACUGCAAAGUGUAUGAAGGGAAAUAGAUGUUAUCUAUGAUGCCUUUUUUUUUUGUUUUUGGAAGUGGGCAAUUUUAUUAAAGCAUCAAACAACUUUUUUUUUUUUGGAAAUGUGAUCCAUAAUGCCGUAUGUUGUGCUUUUCCCUUUAGGACAAAUGUAUUUCUUUCUUUUAUGAGCAAACAGUGUAUGAGAUUGAA